AAAAAAUUUUCAUUUAUCACUUUCUAAUCUGCUUAUCUGUCUGAUCCAUUUCUUGCAAAAAUUGAACAAAUUUUCAUCAAUUUAUUUCAAUUUGUAUCAUUAAAUCAUUCGAUGUAAUUAUUAUCAUGAAUUGAAACAUUUGUUAUGUUAAUUUUCCGAAAAUGAAAUUCUGAUUGCAUGUAGAAGUGCGGAAAUAUGGGCCAGAGUCAUAGUCAGUUUACUGACCAAGAACUACAAGACUAUCAAGAUUUAACGUACUUUACGAAGAAGGAAAUCUUACAUGCUCAUCAGAAAUUCAAAGCUUUAGCUCCUGAGAAAGUCGGACACAAUAAAAAUGCCAAGCUACCGAUGAAUAAAAUGUUCCAGUAUCCGGAAUUAGGAGUGAACCCAUUCAAGGAUAGAAUUUGUAAAAUUUUCAGCUCUAGCCACGACGGAGAUUGUACUUUUGAAGAUUUUUUGGACAUGAUGUCAGUAUUCAGUGAAGAUGCUCCUUGCAGCGUGAAAGCCGAGCAUGCAUUUAGAAUAUAUGAUUUUGAUGGGGAUGAUAUGCUUGGAGUGAACGAUUUGCGCCAAGUAAUUGACCGAUUAACUGGUCCGGAGCAAAGCUUAAGCGAGCAAGAUAUGCAGCAUUUGAUUCAAAAUAUUUUAGAUGAAGCUGAUUUGGACGAUGAUGGUGCUUUAUCAUUUGCCGAAUUUGAGCACGUGAUUUCAAAAUCUCCCGAUUUUACGAGCGUUUUCAAAAUGAGAUUAUAAAUGAGUAAGUUUUUGGUUACCGUCGAUCGCAGCGUUUUGCACUCAUCUUCGCAUUUUGGAGUUUCUAUUUACGUAUACUUCACGAUUUUUCCUAUUGUUUCUAAUUGUCUAGUCUCGAAGUAUUAUUCUUCUAAUACUGAUGUACUCGGUGAAAAAAAUCCUAGAUUUUUUAUUUUAUAUAAUAAUUUAUUGAAUAAGUAAUUUACAAUUUAUUUGCUUCUAUUUUUUUACAAAACGAUUGGAAGUUGAUCACAAAAAUACACGAUUAUAAGUAGA